AUGGGCGACGUACUCGUCGACAAUCCUGCAAACGUUGUUCCACCUCACAAGAAGCCACCCAUUUCAGAUUCGAUCCCAGACAUCGACUCCUUAGAGGGAGCUGGCACCGACGGCAGCGAUGAAUACUCGACAUUGAAGAGGUUGCAAAGACAUCUAGAGUAUAUCAAGCUGCAAGAAGAAUAUAUCAAGGAUGAACAGAGAUCACUGAAGCGUGAGCUCGUGCGGGCGCAAGAAGAGAUCAAGCGAAUACAGAGUGUCCCUUUGGUCAUUGGCCAGUUCAUGGAAGCUAUCGAUCAAAAUACCGGGAUCGUCCAAUCUUCUACCGGCUCUAACUACGUCGUCCGCAUCCUCUCGACACUCGACCGCGAAAAGCUCAAGCCGUCUUCCUCGGUCGCCCUUCACCGCCAUUCGAAUUCUCUUGUCGACAUCCUCCCUCCCGAAGCCGAUUCUUCCAUCGCCAUGCUUGGAGCCGACGAGAAGCCAGAUGUGACGUACGCGGAUGUCGGGGGUCUUGACAUGCAAAAGCAGGAGAUCCGGGAAGCCGUCGAAUUGCCUCUGACACAUUUCGAUCUCUACAAACAAAUCGGCAUCGACCCACCACGAGGUGUUCUGCUCUACGGGCCCCCAGGUACUGGAAAGACGAUGUUGGUUAAGGCGGUUGCCAACAGCACGACUGCCAGCUUCAUUAGGGUGGUCGGCUCCGAAUUUGUUCAGAAAUACCUGGGUGAAGGACCUCGCAUGGUCCGAGAUGUGUUUCGAAUGGCGCGUGAGAACUCGCCUGCUAUCAUUUUCAUCGACGAGAUUGACGCGAUUGCGACCAAGCGAUUUGACGCCCAGACGGGGGCGGAUCGAGAGGUUCAGCGUAUCCUUCUCGAACUGCUCAAUCAGAUGGACGGCUUUGACCAGACGAGCAAUGUCAAGGUCAUUAUGGCCACGAACCGAGCGGACACACUAGACCCCGCCCUGCUCCGACCGGGCCGUCUGGACCGCAAGAUCGAGUUUCCAUCGCUUCGAGAUCGGCGCGAACGGCGGUUGAUUUUCACCACGAUCGCCAGCAAGAUGUCACUAUCACCCGAAGUGGACUUGGACUCGUUGAUUGUGAGGAACGAUCCCUUGUCCGGCGCCAUCAUUGCGGCCAUCAUGCAAGAAGCGGGCUUGCGGGCUGUACGCAAGAAUCGGUAUAACAUCAUCCAAGCAGAUCUGGAGGAUGCAUAUUCGAGCCAAGUCAAGGGAGCACAGGAGGCGGACAAGUUUGAUUUCUACAGGUAG